AUGUCACUUGCAAUCACUUCCCAGCAAAGGGCAUCUCAAUUUUUCACUCUGCCUGUAAAGAAUUUAAACUUCCUUAAACACUAUAAUACCUCAAUCGAAACAGAGUCUUUCUUCAUCAACCUCCUCGAAAAAUCUACCCACAGAACCCACCUCGCUCAAAUCCAGACCCAGCUGUUCACUCGUGGCCUGCAGAACAACGGGUUCAUCAUCACCAAAUUCAUCCACGCAGCCUCGAAGCUCGGACAAAUCGACUAUGCCCGCAAACUGUUCGACGAAUUUCCCCACCGGCAUGUUUUCCUCUGGAACGCGAUCAUCAAGUGCUACUCGACCCACGGCAUGCCGGCUGCAGUUCUCGGCAUGUACUCGGGAAUGCAGUGGGCCCAUGUGAGCCCGGACAAGUUCACCUUUCCACCGGUGCUCAAAGCUUGUGCGGGCCUACGGGCCUUAAGGUACGGCUGCUCGGUCCACGGGCAGAUACUCAGGCACGGUCUGACAGAAGACGUGGUCUCGCAAAACGGGCUCUUGUCGUUUUACGUCAGGUGCGGAGAAAACGGCCGAGCACGUGUCGUUUUCGAUACCUUGAGUGACAACAAAAGAAAUGUCGUCUCGUGGACUUCGGUUAUCUCGGGCCUCGUGCAGAACGGGCAGCCCGUGGAGGCCCUGAGGAUAUUCGGUGGCAUGAUGGAGUCGAAUGUGAAGCCCGACACGAUAUCAUUAGUCAGUGUUCUCAAGGCGUGUUCUGAUAUCGAUGGGCUUAGCCAGGGAAAAUGCAUCCACGGAUUUGCAGUGAAAACGGGAUUCGAACCCGAGCCUGACCUGCAAAUCGCGCUUACUUCUCUGUACGCGAAAUGCGGGCACGUGGAAGAUGCAAAGUCCUUGUUCGACCGGGUGAAGGGUAAAAAUGUAAUUCUCUGGAAUUCCAUGAUCUCAGGCUUCGCCAAAAACGGCCGUGCCGAGGACGCGCUCGAGCUUUUCUCCGAGAUGUUAUCGGGAGACGUGCGGCCCGACAAGGGAACAGUACAGUCGUCCGUACUUGCCGUGGCCCAAUUAGGUUCGCUCGAGCGUGCGAAAUGGAUGGACGAUUACGUAUCUCAUAGUAAGUUCAACAACGACGUGUACAUUUGCAGUGGGCUGAUCGAUAUCCACUCGGGCCUUGUCGACGAGGGGUGGAACUUUUUCCUAUCCAUGAAGGACUACGGGCUCGAGCCCAACCAGAAGCACUACGCCUGCGUGGUCGAUUUAUUGGGCCGGGCCGGUUAUUUAGAGAAGGCCCACGAUUUCAUCGCCAGUAUGCCGGUCGAGCCCGGCGUCUCGGUCUGGGGGGCCUUGUUAAGCGCGUGUAGGGUCCACCGCGACGUGUCGCUUGCUGAAUAUGCGGCGGGGAAGCUUUUCUCGUUGGAUCCACUCAAUACGGGCCAUUACGUGCAGCUGUCCAAUCUGUACGCUUCGAACCGAAUGUGGUGUGGCGUUAAACGGGUCAGAUUGUUGAUGAAGUCUAAAGGGCUGAGUAAAGACUCGGGACACAGCGCAGUGGAGAUAAACGGGAAGUUUGAAGUUUUCCGAAUGGGUGAUAAGUCUCAUCCAAGAUCGGUCGAGAUAUAUAAGAAGCUCGAGUGGUUGGAAAUGAGGCUUUUGGAAAACGGAUUCGUCCCGGAUAAGGAAUCGGGCUUGCAUGAUUUGGAUGGAGAAGAUAGAGAGGCGAUUCUGUGUAGUCACAGUGAGAGGCUGGCGAUUGCGUACGGGCUUAUAUGUACGAGCCCCGGGACUACACUAAGGAUAAAUAAGAAUCUACGGGCCUGCGUGAACUGCCACCUGGCGACGAAAUUGAUAACGAAGUUGGUCGGGAGAGAGAUAGUCGUGAGGGAUGCGAAUCGGUUUCAUCACUUUAAGGAGGGAAGUUGUUCGUGUGGUGAUUAUUGGUGA